AUGUUUGAUGAAGCUCUGAAUCUACUAAACAAAGUUGGACAAUCCCAAGACAAAGAAAUUUCAACCCGAAAAGAGAAAUUAAUUAAAGAAGUGACUAAACAUCUUAAAUUACAAGGAAAUAAUAUUGCAGUUAGUUCUCAUAUAAUAGAUGGAAAUAGGCAACGGUUCAUAAUUGAGAAUCCUGUUAUUGGCUAUCGCAUGCGGGAGAAGUUUUUUUUGUAG